UCGAUGCAAAAUUUUGAUUUUUAAUUUUUCUAGAGAAGAAGAAAAAUGACUACUGUUGAUGAAAAAGGGGCCUCGAUUUCCACUAGGAUUGAGGGCAAGUUUCUAGCCACUGUGGUAUGUUGGUUUCUUGGAAUAGGCACUCUUGUUGCAUGGAAUAGUAUGUUAACAGUUCAAGAUUAUUACUAUGAGUUAUUUCCACGUUACCAUCCGUCUCGGGUGCUCACCUUAGUUUACCAGCCGUUUGCGUUGGGAACAAUGUCAUUGUUGGCUCACUACGAGGCUAAGGUUGAUACGAGGAGGCGAAUCUUGUACGGAUACAUCAUUUUCUUCUUAAGCACAUUAGGUCUGAUACUGAUAGAUAUAGGAACAGGAGGGGGAAGAGGGAUCGGAGAUUAUAUCGGGAUUUGUGUUUUUGUUGCUUCUUUUGGACUAGCGGAUGCCUGCGUCCAAGGAGGGAUGGUUGGAGAUCUGUCUUACAUGGAUCCCGACUUCGUGCAGUCAUUCUUUGCUGGCUUGGCUGCUUCCGGAGCCCUAACCUCGGUCUUGAGACUGGUUACAAAAGCAAUUUUUGAUAAAACGGAUCAAGGUCUUCGUAAGGGUGUUAUUCUCUUCCUCUCUAUCUCAACAUUGUUUGAAUUUGUUUGCAUUUUUCUGUACGCGAAUGUGUUUGGGAGGCUCCCGAUUGUGAAGCAUUUCCGUAAGAAGGCGGCUUUGGAAGGUUCGAAAACAGUUACAUCUGAUCUUGCUGCGGCCGGAAUCCAUACAAAAGAUAAUGAAAAUAUUGUUAAACAUGAGCGCUUAACCAACAAGGAGUUGUUACUCAAGAAUAAAGAUCAUGCCUUCAACCUUUGGUUUAUAUACGCUCUUACUCUAUCAAUCUUCCCAGGAUUUCUAUACGAAAACACGGGUGAACACCAACUAGGGGCUUGGUAUGCGGUUGUGCUGGUGGCAUGCUACAACAUUUGGGAUCUUAUAGGAAGAUACGUCCCUCUCAUUGAUGGCAUCAGAUUGGAAUCCAGAAAGGGCCUCACCAUUGCAUGUUUGUCGCGUAUUGUUCUCAUUCCAUGCUUCUACUUCACUGCUAAGUAUGGAGACCAAGGAUGGAUGAUAAUGCUAUGCUCGUUUCUUGGACUAAGCAAUGGGUAUCUCACGGUUUGUGUGCUCACGGUCGCGCCAAGAGGCUAUACAGCACCGGAGCAGAACGCAUUGGGGAACUUGCUGGUUGUAUUUCUGCUUGCUGGUAUAUUUGCAGGAGUUGUUCUGGGUUGGUUGUGGCUUAUCAAUAACGCCGCAUUUUGAUUCGGCUGGCCUGAGCUGAUCAUGAAACGUUGAUCUCCACAGUUACCUCAUUUCAGAAGCAACUAACUCGCAGCAAUUAAUGCAACUGGCGCCUGUGUUUUUCUUUUGUAU